UCCACCUCCAGGCCGCGCUGAGGGAAGGGACCAACAUGUCCUUUAGCUGGAACCUCCUCAGGGAGUUGGCGCCGGUCAGCACUGCGCUCAACCUCAGCGGGAAGACCAUCCCGGUCAACUUCUCCACCCCUGGUCCCUGUGACGUCUUCCUACGGGCCACCAACCUCCUCGGAACGCUUGCGGUGAACAGAACCAUCCAGUUCCUCGAUCCGGUUGGAGAGCUGUACCUGGAGACCAGCGUCAACCCCGUGGCGGUCAACUCCUCCACUAACCUGACGGUGUUGGCCAGUAAAGGCUCGGACAUGCAGUACCGGUGGUCGGCUGAUGAGGGCGCUCUAGGCGGGAAUGAGCCCUCUGUGGUUCAUUGGUUCACUAGUCCAGGGAUGAAGGUCGUUACUGUGGAAGUGUCCAAUGAGGUCAGCACCGAGACGGUGUCGAAGUUCAUUGACGUCCAGGAAGUGGUAACGGGAUUGACGUUCUCUACGACUAACGUCACGGAGCAGAACUUUGUGGCCACCGGCGUCAACGUCUCCCUCCACGGAGAAUUAAGGACCGGCACCACCGUAUCUUGGACCUGGCUGUUACUGGGCAGAACAGAGAUUGGACGGACGGUGUCCCAUGUUUUCCGUGAACCAGGGCCGUUCACCGUUAUGCUAAACGCUACCAACGACGUUAGCGGCGAGACGUUUUCCAGAGAGUUGACGGUACAGGAUAAGAUUCAGGGGUUGGAGCUGAGGGCCAGUAAGAGGAUCGCGGCGGUCGGGGAGAGGGUGGAGUUUACCAUCGCCAAGGCGUCAGGGACGAACGUGAGCUUCAUCCUCAGCAUCAGCGGAGACUCGACCGUGUUCGGCCUCAACCAGACCUACGUUCACCAGUUCAGCCGGGUCGACACCUACAUGGUAAACCUGACCGCACACAACCAGGUGAGUUCUGAGCGGCGCCACCUGCAGGUGGAGGUGAUGGAGCCAGUGAGCAUGCUGAGUAUCCUGGACUGCUGUGACGCCGCCAUGCCUGUGGGCGUCAAGAAGACCUUGGUAGCCGACAUCCUGACAGGAAACCCGGUGACCUUCCUGUGGACCUUUGACCUUAACCACCUCCCCCUUCCCCACAUCGGGAAGGAGGUGACCUACAACCCCGACCAGGCCGGGUCACUCACCAUCUACCUGAGGGCAUUCAACCUGCUAAACGGCCAGAACAUCACAUGGCACAUCCAGGUGCAGAACGUUCUGACGGAGGCCCGGGUGGAGGCCCAGCCCAGAGACACCUUCAUCAACAAGACGGUGAUGCUGACGGCGGGCGUUGCCCCUCCAUCCACACCCGUUACCUACCUCUGGGACUUUAGGGACGGCUCUGCGCCCCUGCUCUCUACCACCUCCUCUGUUGAACAUGUGUACGCGUUUCCAGGUCAAUACCUGGUCCAGGUGAACUGUAGUAACUUGGUGAGCUGGGUGGUAGCCAGGGUGGAGGUGACCAUCGGGGUGUUGGAGUGUGAGGAGCCAGAGGUCCAGGUAGUCCAGGCUCCUAGGCUAGCCAUCUGGCGCUACCAGCCCACCCUGGUGGAGGCUAGCGUGGACCUGAAGGCUUGCAUCCGCUACGGAGCCCAGUACCUCUGGGAGAUCUUCGACACCCCGCACUGCAACCACGACCACUCGGUGGCAGCACCUCUGGCCUCUAAGAUCCCUCUCCCGGGGGAAGUAGACGUGCGACGGCUGCAGCUCUCGGUGCCCAAGAUGGCUCUGCGUUCGGGGAACUACUCGCUGGUGUUCUCCCUGUCCUACCAGGGGGUUCCCCUGAGGAAGGCUGCCUGUCUACAGCUGACCGUCAUGGCCGCCCGCCUGGUACCUAUCAUAGAGGGAGGGACCUACAGGGUGUGGUCCAGGACCCAGGACCUGCAGCUGAAUGCUGAGCAGAGCUAUGAUCCCAACAUGAACCUGGACAGCCAGUCACUACUCUACUACCACUGGGAGUGUGUCACCAUCUCCAAGGGACCAUCGUACUGUUCCAGUCUGAACUUUGGUCUGGGGUACAGUGGUCCUGUCCUGGGUAUCCCUGGCUCUGAGCUCCAGGCAGAUGUAGAGUACAUCUUCAGACUGACGGUCCGCAAGGAUGGCAUGGCCCCAGAGUCUACUACACAGACCGUGAUGGUCCAGAGUGGUCGUAUCCCCAUGGUCUAUCUGGAGUGUGUGUCUUGUAAGGCCCGGUCCAUCUUCGAGGUCAGUCAGAACUCCUAUGUCUACCUGGCUGGAACCUGCACCAACUGUCACCACUUCCACCGCGGGCGUUGGACGGCGGUCACCCUUCGUAACGAGACCUUGGUCCUAGACUCCAGCAGCACAACAACCGGAUGUGACGGUAUGAACCUGGUUCUCCGCCAGGGCAUCCUGCGAGACGGAGAUUCCUACGUCUUCACCCUCCACGUAACCGACGGCAACAUGGACCGCGAGGGCGUGGCGUCCAUCACGCUACAGCCCAACAUGCCCCCGGCGGGCGGGGAAUGUGACCUCCGAACGGGGGGAGGAGGAGAGGGGGGACCGAUCAGAACACUGGUGGACAGGGUGCACUUCAACUGUUCAGGUUACAGUGACCUGGGCGUAUCAGAGACGCCUCUCCUGUAUAGCCUGUUGGUGACUCGCUGCAGUGACAUGCACUGUGAGGAGUUCUGUGUGUAUAAAGGGACCAGUCCAGAGCACUCUGCCUUCCUGCCCCCUGGGUUCAGAUCAGGUCGAUACAGGGUGUCAGCAUCCAUUACUGUAGAAGACCACCAGGGGGCAGCUAUCACCGCUCUCAACAACUCUGUGGAGGUGGUUCUUCCAGACAGUCCUCCAGGCUACAGCAGCCUGCCCCACUGGCUCAGUGAGCUGACCUCCACCACACUCAGACAGCUACUGAAACAGGGAGACUCACAGAGGGUCAGAGAGCUGUCCCUGGCCCUGAUCACUGUUCUCAAUGAGUAUGAGCAGACCCGUCAGUCGCCGAUAGUAUCCAGGGCGGAGCGCAGUUACCGGGUCACCGUGCGUAGUGACAUCACCAGAGCUCUCACGGCCCUCGACCUGACUACAGUUAACGACAUCCAGCAGACCUCCGCUGCCCUGGCACAAUGCACGGCGGUGAGUCGUGAGUUCAUCUGUGAGGAAUGUCAGAACAGCACGUUGAAUAAGCUGGAGUUGAUGUUGGAUAUACUGCAGACUGACACCAAGCAGGGAACAGUCACACCUACUGAGAUUGCAGACAACAUCCUCAACAUCAUGGGUGACCUUAUCCAUCAGGUAAGCCAGUCGGCCUCCCAGCAGCUCUUGGGGUCCCCCUACCCCGACCGCCACCUGGACUCCUCCCUCGGGCCGGGCCUCACCUCCCUUCCCCAGCCUCACCACCCCUUCCUCCCCGAGGCCCACCCCCUGCGCGUAGCAGCCAAGGCCUAUAAUCUGUCGUCGGUGCUGAUGCGUAUCCUGAUGCACUCCCGUGUCCUUAACGAGGAACCACUGGUGCUGCGGGGGACGGAGAUCGCCGCCACGGGAAAACGGGCCGACCCCCAGUCACUGUUCUGUUACCACGACGAUGACUCACCGGAGUGCAGAAGGUUCUCCAUCCCCAGAGCCUUCAACAACAGUCUGAGCAGAGCAGCUACCAGCGUGGUACAACUCAUGUUCCAGGUGGAGCCCAAUCCGUUCCCCUUUAACUUUGUGGCCAACUACACCGUCAGUACCGAGGUGGCCUCCAUGGAGUUCCGGGCAGAGAACGGUUCCCAGAUCCCAAUCUCAGACCUCGACGACAACCAAGCCAUCACCGUUGCCGUGAACAAUGGCAGCGCCACCGACAGCAAUGGGGCAGGGGUGACGGGAGUCCCUUUAGCCGGGGCCAUUAACGUGAGCCGGUGUGACUCUGUCAUCGUACGGGUCAGCGCCGGUAACUCCAACCAGCAGGCUGGACUGUUCAUCCAACUCAACUUCACCACCCUGGACGACGGGGUGUGGUCAGAGGUGCGCGAGGCGGACCCCUCCAUCAUGACCUACCUCCACUCCUCCAACUGGCCCAACGAGUUCAACUUCACAGACAGGAAACGCAUCACACUCAGCAUGACCAGGGGGCGGGACCUGGACCACAGGAAGUACACCUUCUUCCUGUCCCCAGAGUCCCAUGACACGACCCUGGACUACUAUGUCAACGUGACAACGGGCUGUACCACUGACUCCCCCAGCGCGGGAGUGCGUCUGGAGGUGGGUGUGUUUGCGUCCCUGUGCCAGUACUUCAGCGAGAGCGCCAAGCUGUGGCGUACGGACGGCAUGGUGCCACUGGCAGAGACUAAUGCCAGCCGGGCCGUCUGCCGCACCCGUCACCUCACAGCCUUUGCUGCCAGUCUCUUCGUUCCACCUGAUGCUGUCACCUUCAUACGGCCUGAGCGGGGGGGUCCCAGCCUCGUGGUGUUGUUGACGUGUGUGGUGGGGUUGCUGUGUUACGCCGUGGCGGCGGCCAUCUUACAUAAACUUGACCAGCUGGACCUGAGGAGGGCGGGGACGGUGCCGCUCUGUGGACACGACGGAACAUUCAAGUACGAGGUGCAGGUCAAGACCGGCUUCAGCCGCGGGGCAGGCACGUCAGCACAUGUAGGCAUCAGUGUGUAUGGCUGUGAGGGGCGUAGCGGGCAUCGCCACCUGGACAGCCCCGGGGCCUUCGCACGUAACGGACUGGACAUCUUCCACAUCGCCACGGAAACUAGCCUGGGCAGCGUCUGGAAGAUCCGCGUCUGGCACGACAACAAGGGUCUGUCUCCAGCAUGGAAACUCCAGUACGUCCUGGUGAAGGACCUACAGACAGGAAGCAGUUACUAUUUCCUGGUAGAGGAGUGGCUGUCAGUGGACAACGAGAGGACAGAUGGACGCGUGGAGAUAGAGGUGGAGGCCUCAGAAGAGGCGGAGCUUCGGCGGUUGCCCCGCCUCCUGAACUGGGAGCUUCAGCGUGCCCUGUGUGAGAGUCACUUGUGGCUGUCGCUAUGGGAACGGCCCGUCCGCAGUCCCUUUACCCGCCUCCAGAGGGCGACGUGCUGUGCCCUGCUGCUACAGCUCUGUCUGCUAGCUAACACCAUGUGGUACAGCACCGUGGCCAAUAGGAGCUACAGCUCUGUAGCAGUGUCCAGGCUGGUGGUGGUGGAUGUGGAGACUGUGGCUGUGGGAGUGGUCAGCUGUCUGGUGAUUUACCCCCUCUACCUGCUGGUCUUCACUCUCUUCAGGAUGAGUCGUAGCAAGUGUGUGUCAGUAGAACAGGUGCCGUCCUCCCAGGUGGACCAGGAGUCAGUGGAGAUAGAUGACUUCCUGGAUAACUCCAUGGCAGGAAGCUCCUUCCUCAUCUUCAACGGUGUCCCUGGAGAGACCUAUUCAGAAGAGACCAACGUGGACCUCCCCCCCACGCCCUCCACCAAGAGUGUCCAGAGUUGGGGUGUGGUCCAGGAAGAGGAUGACGACGAGGAGCGUGAUUGGCCAGAGUUGUUGAGUGACAUGUCUGAGGUGGGAGGGGCGGGCCUGGGGGCGGGGCUACCAAAGUUGAAGAGAGGUCAAGGUUCAAGACACCUGGGGGUGGACAUAACCCUUCACCCCGACGAUGAAGACUUCACACACCGCAACAAGUACUUCACAUCCUCAGAUGAGGACCUGAUUAAGCGGAUCCUGGCGGACGGCCAGCUGCAGGUGUCUCAUCUCUGUGACCCCCAGCACUUCUUCUCUCAGACAGCAGACAGCGAGAUGGCCGACCUGUCCAGUAUCUUUGGUGAUAAGACAGAGGUGGUCCUCCUUCAGAAGCUGAAUGAACCACUGUCCCUCGGAGCUGUCAAGAGGGAGCCCCCUAAAACAGCCUUCACCUCACGCACAGUUGUAACAGACGUGUGUAGUCCGAGGCGAUUCCCUCCCUGGUGUGGGCAGGCCGCUCUAUGGGGCAGCUGGGCAGGGCUUGUCCUAGCCAAUGGGCUGUCAGUGUGGGCAGGAAGAGGCUUCAGUGAUGCUGUGGCUCUGAUGUGGCUCAUUUCCUGUAUCGGUAGCUUCCUGUCCUCCUGCUUGCUGCUGGAGCCAAUCAAGGUGUUACUAGAAGGCCUGUACUUUGCCCUGUGGGUGAAGAGGCUCCGUCCAGAGGAGCAGGAUGUCCUGGUGGAGUGUCCUCGUGUUGACAGAGUUGUCCAGCGCGUCCCCAGAGUCAGACCACCCCAAGGCUUCGCUCUGUCCCAGGCCAGACAGCAGGCCCGCAAGGUCCACAUGCUGCACAACAUGCUCAAGAACUUCCUGGUCUACAUGCUCUUCCUGUUGGUGGUGUUGCUGCUCAACUACUCUGACACCACCAAGGACACACACAGCCUGCGACUCCGUACACAGCUACAACUCACACUACACACACCGGACCAGGCCAACAUUAGCAGGCGUGAGGAUGUGUGGGCAUGGCUGUCAGGCUCCCUGUUGCCAAGGUUACUGGAUGGCCCCAACCUAAUGCAGGAAACAGGAAGUGUGCUACUGGGCACGCCCAGAUUACGACAGAUACGAGACGGUACCAUCCAUGGGGCAGGAGCAGCAGGCUGGGGAGAGGGGUUGACUGGCUCAGCAGUACACAGGAAGCUGACCAAGAACUGGACCUCACACACGGUUGAUGACAACGGGGCGUGGCGUUGGGGUCAGGUGAUGGUGUACGGGAGCGGAGGUUUCGUCCAACAGCUGAACAGGAACAUAGAGGAGACCAGAACAUCACUACAGUACCUACAGCAGUUACACUGGAUGGACCACAUGACACGGGCUGUGUUUGUGGAGUUCUCUCUCUACAACACCAACACAGACCUUUUGACCGUCUUCUCCUUCCUGUUUGAGUUCCCCGUCUCUGAGCACACUCAGUCCAGCCUCGACCUCUUGACCUUCCGCCUGCAGCCUAUCACAGGCCUCGACCUGCAGCUGCAGCUCACGAUCCUUCUCUUCUCCCUAGUGGUGUAUUUCUGUGUAUGUGCGGUCCAGGGCAUGGUGAGAGAGGGCUGGGUAUACCUCCUGUGCCCGUGGCGGUUGCUGGGCGCGUGCAGCCUGGCGCUGGCAGCGUGUGUGUGUGGCCUCCACAUCAGCCGAUGUGCUGCCGCCGGGCGCCUGUGGGCGUCGUACCUGCGGCAACGAGACGGGUACACUGACUUCUACCCGCUGGCACGGCAGAGCCAAGCUUACACCCUGCUGUCUGCCAUGCUCCUGUUCAUACUGGUGUUGAAGGCGUCCCACCAGUUGCGUUUCCUGAGGGAGUGGGCAGUGUUUGGCAGGGCUCUGAGACGCUCUGUCUGGGAACUGAUAGGAGCAGGUCUGGUCCUGCUGGUGCUGCUGCUGGCCUACUCACACACAGGACACCUGCUCUUCCACUCUGUGAUGGACGGAUAUGGCAGUGUGAGCUCCGCCUGCCUGUCGUUGCUAGGCGCCGGCGGGCGCGGCCUGUUGUCCUUGCGACCGUCGUCAACAACAACCGGCCCCUCUAGCUCCGCCUCCAGCCUGGUGUUCCACGCGAGCUUUGCCGUGCUGCGGCUGGCGUUGCUAUGGCUGGUGACCUCUGCGUUGUUAAGGAACUAUCGCCGGGCGCGGGCGGAGUUGUACCGCCCGGUGGUGGACCUACAGGACUAUGAGAUGGUGGAGCUGUUUCUACGACGACUGAAGAUGUGGAUGGGCCUCAGCCGCACCAAGGAGUUUCGUCACAAGGUGCGUUUUGAGGGCAUGGAGCUCCCCCCCUCUCGCUCCUCCUCCACCAGUGACUGUAAGUCCCUGUGCCUGCCCCCUCUGGACGGCUCCGAGUCGCCCCCCAGCCCUGGCAGCCUGGACGGGACCUCUGAGGCCUCCUGGAGACCCAGCUCUUCCAGCCCCUGUAGCCUGACAGAGGCCCCCGGGAUGGGGCUAAGCCUGGGCCUGGGGCCUGGCGGUUUGGGACCAGGUGCGUUGGCGGGUGGAACUACCUUGCGGGAAAGGACGGAGACUGAGGCGACUCUGAAGAGGCUUCUCCCCACGCUGGAUGCUUUGCUGCAGCAGCUGGACCGGGUCACCGUGGCGACCGAGGAGCUAUACCGUACGGAGUGUGUCCUGGAGCGUGCCCAGAGGAAAGGACGAGGGCCGAAGGGGAGGAGAGGAGAGAAGGAGAGGGGGAAGAGUAGAGAGGGCCGAGGAGGGAAGGGAAAGGGGGAUGAGAAAGACUCUGCUGGACGGAGAGAAAGAAAAGGAGGGCAGCAGAAAGUCAACACUGUGGUGGGGGUAGUGGGCAUGGGUCAGCCUGAAGAUACAGGGAACUCUGGGGCUAACCCUAAACACACCCCUGCCCCGAAAUCGACCCCUGUCCCGGAUCCUCCCCCUAUAUCUACCCCUGCCCCGAAAUCGACCCCUGUCCCGGAUCCUCCCCCUAUAUCUACCCCUGCCUCUAAACCUGCCCCGAAAUCUACCCCUGUCCCUGUUGUUACCCCUGUAUCUACCCCUGCCUCUACCCCUGCCCCGAAAUCGACCCCUGUCCCGGUUCCUCCCCCUAUAUCUACCCCUGCCCCGAAAUCGACCCCUGUCCCGGUUCCUCCCCCUGUAUCUACCCCUGCCUCUAAACCUGCCCCGAAAUCUACCCCUGUCCCUGUUGCUACCCCUAUAUCUACCCCUGCCAUGAAAUCGGCCCCGGAUCCUACCCCAAUAUCUACCCCUGUCCCUAAACCUACCCCGAAAUCUACCCCUGUAUCUGCCCCUAUACCUGACCCAAAAUAUACCCCAGUUUCUACCCAUAUAAUUUCCCCUGCCUUGACCCCUGCUCCUGCCCCUGUACCCCUCUCUACUCCCGCCCUACCCUCCACCCCUGCCCCCUCCUCCACUCCCGCCCCUCGAGAGUGGGACCCCCCUACGGAGAGAGAGACCCUGCCCCCCUCCAGCCUCUUCAACCACCCAGCCCACACCACCACCAUUCCCACACGCAAACGCAAACGCAAGCCCCCACCACUCAAGAACAAGGUGCACCCCAACCCAGACAGGCAUGUGUCCGGACACCCCAAACCCUGAGGACCCCUCCUGAAGGACCCUCAAGAAGAAAGGAUGUUAGGGAUGGAUGGACAGAACGGGCCGUAGGGAGGAGUGGAAGGAAAGGAAGGAUCCUGGGUUGAGGAUGAGUGGGCGUCGGUCACAGCGGGUGAUGUCACUGGUGUUCCACUCUAAAUCCAGAAGGAGAGAAAGCGAGAGAGGAGGGAAAGAGAGAAAUAGAAGCCCCAAAACAGCGACCGCUCACCAUGGAGUUGGCAUGGAAACAAGGUGCAGGUCGCCAGUUCUUUACCCCCGUCCCCGUCCCCUGACCCCAUGUGACCCCGGAGGUCGUGUGGUGGCGUCGACAGAAGCACAUGUUGUGCUGACAUUAGGAGUGCUGACUGUAUGUUUAGUCAAUGAAGAGUGUGUACACGACCUGUUGAUGAUGAUGUACACGACCUGUUGAUGAUGAUGUACACCGCUUGUUGAUGAUGAUGUACACCGCUUGUUGAUGAUGAUGUACACCGCUUGUUGAUGAUGAUGUACACCGCUUGUUGAUGAUGAUGUACACCGCUUGUUGAUGAUGAUGUACACAGCUUGUUGAUGAUGAUGUACACAGCUUGUUGAUGAUGAUGUACACAGCUUGUUGAUGAUGUACACCGCUUGUUGAUGAUGAUGUACACAGCUUGUUCAUGAUGAUGUACACAGCUUGUUGAUGAUGCUUCAGUGUGUUAUCUAUGUUGUUGCAUUUGUUGUUUCUAUUUGAUCAUGAAAACAUAAGGAAGCUAUUGUUCUUGAUCACCAUGUGUCUGUGGGACCUGUCUAAACGCUCUGUUCAGAAGCUUUGGAGAUUUCAAACCCACACACACACACACACACACACACACACACACACACACACACACACACACACACACACACAC